AUAGUAAAUAAAGAAAAGGGAAGAACGAGAACGAUAAAACUCUAUAUGUGGAACUCUGUUAAAACCCUAAAUUCCAAGAUAAAGUAAUUUUAUAUCUACGCCUGAAAUAAUCCACAGCUAGCAGAGCUGAAGCCAUGAGCCGAUACGAUAGCCGCUCCGGCGACCCCACUUCUUACCGUGAUCGGAGAAGUGAUUCAGGUUUUGGAGGGGGUUCUGUUUAUUCCGGUUCAGCUCGGUCCUCAUCUGAGAGGAGAGAUUAUGGUGCUGACUCACCGAGGAAAUCGGAUUUGGAUGGGUUGACUCCAUUUGAGAAGAAUUUCUACAUUGAGUCACCAUCAGUUGCAGCAAUGUCCGAGAGGGAGGUUGAUGAGUAUAGGCAGAGAAGAGAAAUUACUGUAGAAGGCCGUGAUGUUCCGAAACCUGUCAAGAGUUUUCGUGACAUGGGGUUUCCAGAAUAUGUUCUACAAGAAAUAACAAAAGCUGGCUUUGUUGAACCCACACCCAUACAAGCGCAAGGGUGGCCAAUGGCAUUGAAGGGUCGGGACCUCAUCGGUAUUGCUGAAACGGGUUCUGGGAAGACACUGGCCUAUCUAUUACCUGCUAUUGUCCAUGUCAAUGCGCAACCCAUUUUAGCUCCUGGGGAUGGUCCAAUUGUAUUAGUUUUAGCUCCAACACGUGAACUUGCUGUUCAGAUACAACAAGAAGCUGCUAAAUUUGGUGCAUCAUCGAGAAUUAAAAAUACAUGUAUCUAUGGUGGGGUUCCAAAGGGACCUCAGGUGCGCGAUCUCCAGAAAGGUGUUGAAAUUGUUAUUGCCACGCCUGGAAGGUUGAUUGAUAUGUUGGAAUCACAUCAUACAAAUUUACGGAGGGUUACCUACCUGGUGCUGGAUGAGGCAGAUCGGAUGCUAGACAUGGGGUUUGAGCCUCAAAUACGAAAAAUUGUUUCUCAGAUUCGUCCAGAUCGCCAAACUUUGUACUGGAGUGCUACUUGGCCUAAAGAGGUUGAACAACUGGCAAGGCAAUUUCUGUAUAACCCAUACAAAGUGAUCAUAGGAUCUCCUGAUUUGAAAGCUAAUCAUGCAAUACGCCAACAUGUUGACAUUGUUUCUGAAAAUCAGAAAUAUAAUAAGCUGGUGAAGUUACUGGAGGAUAUCAUGGAUGGCAGCCGAAUUCUGAUUUUUAUGGAUACCAAGAAAGGUUGUGACCAGAUCACUCGGCAGCUUCGCAUGGAUGGAUGGCCCGCUCUUUCGAUUCAUGGAGACAAAAGUCAAGCAGAAAGGGAUUGGGUCCUCUCAGAGUUCAAAGCUGGCAAAAGUCCUAUAAUGACUGCAACAGAUGUUGCUGCUCGUGGAUUAGAUGUUAAGGAUGUAAAAUAUGUAAUCAAUUAUGACUUUCCUGGAUCCCUUGAGGAUUAUGUUCACCGGAUUGGUUGAACUGGAAGGGCUGGAGCAAAAGGAACAGCCUACACUUUCUUCAAAGCUUCAAAUGCCAGAUUUGCUAAGGAACUUAUCACCAUACUUGAGGAAGCUGGGCAGAAGGUCAGUCGAGAAUUGACUGCAAUGGGUCGUGGUGCACCUCCUCCUCCAGGUUAUGGAAGUUUCCGGGAACGUGGGAGGCGUUAUGGUGGUGGCCGCUCAUGGAGCUGAUUUAUGAGAUCAAUAACUGAAGGGAAAUUUAUGUCCAGAGCAUAGAUACCUGAGAUGUCAUGCCUAAACGUUGUUCCAUUUUAUCAUUUUUUUUUUUUUUAAUUUCAUUGUUAACUUCCUGAAAAUAUAGGGCUGUUAGUUCUGUAAGAUAUGACUUUAUUGAAUGAU